CUCUCAGAGCUUCCGCGUCGAUAUCGCGGUUAAGUCAAUACGUUACCGUGGUCAGUCUAGCUCCUAUCCGAUCAAGUUAUUCUACACAAGUAACGCCCCUAUCAUGCUUCAAAGUGCGCUUGUGUCAAACCUGUACGUUAUGUCACAGAGGCAACGUGUCUUGUGGACGGGCAUCACACUGAUGAUAUUUUUGUGUUGCUGCCAAAUCCCCCUGUUCGGAAUAAUGUCUUCGGAAUCAGCUGAUCCCCUUUACUGGUUGCGUGUGAUAUCUGCGUCUAACAAGGGUACUCUGAUGGAGUUGGGAAUUUCUCCCAUCAUUACUUCGGGCCUAAUUAUGCAAUUGUUGGCUGGCAUACAGGUACUUUCGGUCGGUGAUACUCCCAAGGAUCGUGCACUGUUUAAUGGAGCACAGAAAUUGUUUGGGAUGGUCAUAACAAUCGGGCAGGCCUCUGUAUAUGUGAUGUCCGGGAUUUACGGUGCUCCCAGCGAACUCGGUGCAGGAAUAUGUCUGAUAAUCAUAUUUCAGCUUACAUUUGCUGGCUUACUUGUUCUAAUGCUGGACGAGUUGCUUCAAAAGGGCUAUGGUCUGGGUUCGGGGAUAUCGCUAUUUAUUGCUACCAACAUAUGUGAAACAAUCGUAUGGAGAGCCAUCAGUCCAACAACGAUCAACACAGGCAGAGGUACGGAGUUCGAAGGCGCAAUAAUUUCGUUGUUCCACUUACUGGCCACACGUACCGAUAAGGUCCGCGCUUUGAGGGAGGCCUUCUAUCGUCAGAAUCUUCCAAACCUUAUGAAUAUCCUGGCUACGGUGCUGGUAUUUGCUGUGGUGAUAUACUUCCAGGCAAGGUCGUUCAGCUUCCGCGUCGAUAUCGCGGUUAAGUCAAUACGUUACCGUGGUCAAUCUAGCUCCUAUCCGAUCAAGUUAUUCUACACAAGUAACGCCCCUAUCAUGCUUCAAAGUGCGCUUGUGUCAAACCUGUACGUUAUGUCACAGAUGCUUGCCAACAAAUUCCGCGGGAACUUCCUGAUCAAUUUGCUUGGCGUGUGGUCCGAUGGAGAAGGCGGCUCCAGAUCGGUACCAAUUGGUGGACUGUGUUACUACAUGACGGCUCCCGACUCGCUUAGUGAUAUGGUGGUGGAUCCAAUUCACGGCAUACUGUACAUAGCUUUCAUGCUAGGAAGCUGUGCGUUCUUCAGCAAGAUUUGGAUUGACGUAUCUCAGUCAAGUGCGAAGGACGUAGUGAAGCAGCUGAAAGAGCAACAGACGGUUGUACCUGGUCAUCGAGAGAACUCCAUGGUCCAUGAGUUGAACCGAUACAUCCCUACCGCGGCUGCUCUUGGUGGACUGUGCAUUGGCGCGCUAUCGGUUUUGGCAGACUUUCUAGGUGCGAUCGGAAGUGGGACAGGUAUCCUCAUGGCUGUCACCACAAUCUAUCAGUACUACGAAGCGUUUGUGCGCGAACAAAGCGAAAUGGGUGGAUCGAUGAGCUCGUUGUGGUUGUAGAUUACUUUGGAACGUUCACCACUCCUAUUCCCUCUCAUACCAUUGAGGCCCCUAUGUAAUUACCGUUUCCGCAAAACAUGCCCUACUCUCUCUCUCUCUCUGUGUGUGUAUGUGUGCGCAUCUCCUCCGGAUUGUCAUCACUUCCAGUUGCUCAUAGAGAACCUCAGCCAAACUGCUGUUUUGCAUAGCGUACUAAUGAUAGGUUAGCACACAUGCAGUCACACAAACCACUCGUGAUUUCUAAUCGGGAUCCCGCACAAGUCACCGUCAUCUGGUUAAUUUUUGAAUGUUUAUUUCCUUCUCUGGGGCUCGUUUUGUUGUUCUCCCUGGAAUUUCCUGUACGAACGCGGAUUAUGAGCUGUGUAAAUUCUUUUCGCUCUUCGUCACUUUUUUGUCAGUAAACCGACUCGUUUCUCGCAUCUGUUAAGUGGGGACAGCCCAGCUAAUAAACGUCGAUCGACCCAAAAUACAAUAGCCUAAUGGCUGGAAGACGUACGUAUGUGUGUGGGCCGG